UUAGGACGUAAUUUCCGGACAACAUGUCCACCAGGUACGAAGCGGAGAGUUUAAUACGUUAUCCUGAGUGCUGACUCCCGCCGCCAUGAGCAACCCUUGUCGAGAAGUCAUCACUCUUCAGUUGGGACAUUAUUCAAACUUCGUGGGGACUCACUGGUGGAAUUUACAGGAUGCAGCUUUGUCAUACGAUCCAGAGACGCCACCAGGUGACAUCCAGAGUGAUGUUGUGUUUCGUGAAGGACAGACUCUGGGCGGACAUGUCACCCACACACCUCGCCUCAUUGCCAUGGAUCUCAAAGGAAGUCUUCGGACUCUCCGGCAGGACGGGAGUCUGUAUGACCCUGGCAGAGACUCCUCCCCGCUCACAUGGGAUGGAAACCUCAUGAUGCACAAAGAAAGUCCUCCUGCGAAGAACCCCUUUCUUGAAGAUCUGGAUAAGUUAGAUAAAGGGGAGAUCCUGGCUGAGGCUUAUUUAUACACCACUUCCCAGCCUCAGUCCUCAGCAGGUGCAGUGAGUGUGGAUACUGUGAACAGCCAGCUGGCUCGACUCCAAAAGGGCUACAGGCUGGAGGGCAGCGUGAGGGUGUGGUCCGACUUCCUCAGGAUCCACCUGCACCCUCGCACCGUCUCCGUCAUCCACCAGUACAACCACGAUGGGGAGGCUCACCGUCUGGAGGCUUUCGGCCAGGGAGAGGGUCUCCUGCAGGGGUCAGUGCUCGAGGAGCUGGAGGACAAACUGCACUUCUUUGUAGAAGAGUGUGAUUACCUUCAGGGUUUCCAGGUGUUGUGCGACCUGGCUGAUGGCUUUGCAGGCCUGGGAUCAAAGGUCACGGAGAUGCUGCAGGACGCUUAUGGUGGAAGAGGCAUCCUAACCUGGGGGUUGGCACCUGUCAGUCACCCAGAUUCAACUCCAAUGAAGAACCUCUUUCACCAAUUAAACUGCACACUAGGAACAGUCCACUUGGCCAAUAACAGCUCUUUCUUCUGCCCGUUGACGCUGCGUGGUGGACUAGGCAGACGACCCUCCUCUCCCACAGCAUUCCCCCAUCUAAAUUAUGAUCCCUCACUGUGGUACCACUCUAGCUCCGUCCUGGCGUUGGCCCUCGAUGCCCUCACUUCGCCUUACAGGCUGAGGAACAACAGCGUCCCCAUGUGGCAGGUCGCAGACACACUGGCCGUAUCUGGGAGAAAGGUGGUGGCUGCUUAUGGUGCCGUCCCCUUUCCCAUGAUGCACGACAGCUCUCUCCCCGACGCCCUGAGUGCCUGCACAGAUGCGCUGCCAUGGAAACCCCUAUCAGCUUGCUCUGAAGCUGGCGACGGCAAAUGCUACAGCCAGUUGGCGACACUCAAAGGUUUUGAGGGCCAGAAACUAAUCAGCUCUCUGGCUCCAGGGACUAAACCAUCCACUCCCCUGCACAGCCUCCACAGCGGGGAAGACGUCCUGGCGUCCUACAUCAGAUCUUUCUAUCCCACAGCUCCUCUGGCUCUGCAGUUGGUGUCUACUCCCAGUAAGCUGACGCCACCUUUCCCUCAGAUAUUCAGUCAGUCCCUCGGGGCUCAGGGCUUCCUGCAGAGCCAGCCUCUCUCGCCUGGCUCUCCGGCCCCUGUAGUCUCCUCUGUACCCGUCAUGACUUCUCUCCAGUCGGCGCCUGUGCUCGGCCGGUGGUUGUCUGAGCUGCAUCGCGGCGUCAGCACUUUCGACAUCCGCCGCAUGGCCCCCAGCUUCCUCUCCCAGGGGCCCGAAAUGGCCGACUACGAGGAGGCCCUGGAGGAACUGCGGCAUCUGGCUCGAUGUUACCGUGACGACAGCGGUGGGGUGAUGCGCUCCUCUUCAGAAGAGGAUGACUAUGACUGACACUGGCAGCGUUAGGCUCCGUGACCUGGAGAGACUGAUGGCUGCUAACCUGCCUGCUUCGUUGACCAGCCUGCAUGCACUCAUACGGAGAGAAUAGGAGCUGCGCCUCUGGUUUGUGAACGACCACGACUGAAUUACACGGUGAAUGGCGAGGAGAGAAGUUUGAAAUAUACUGACAGAACUGACCUGAUGAAGGAAUAAAUAGAAGAUAGACCUCUAAAAGAGAUCCAUGUGUAGUAUUCAGGAAGGUGAUGGAUGUAGCAUCUUGAGACUGUAUGGACUGUGGUUACAUUUCCUCAGAUUACUGUUUAUCUGUAAAUAAAUGUGUUUUAUACUAAUUGUAAAUGAUAAAAUUACUGUAUUUACAUGAAGAGAUGUACUUGUCACACCUCUGUUUUGGGCACAGGUUCCUCUGACCAUUAAUUCAGUUAAAGGUCCAGUGUGUAAUAUUUAGUAAGAUCUACUGGCAGAAGUGGAAUAUAAUAUUCAUAAGGUGUUUUCAUUAGUGUAUAAUCACCUGAAUAUAGGAAUUAUUGUGUUUCCGUUACCUUAGAAUGAGCAGUUAUUGUCUACAGAUUGCCACCUUACAUGGAGUCUGUCAUGCUUCUGCAGCCCCUUCUCAUUCCCAGGAUUGUCAAAUACUUACGCAAUCUCCAACGUCACUGCUAGAUGCUACUAAAUCCUACACUGGUCCUUUAAUAAAUAGCACAGAUGUUGACACGGUGCACUUUAACCAGAGUUCUCAUUGUCGUGUUGGAAAUCAGUUAACAAUGUCGGAGCCCAACAAAAGCCAGAACAUGCAAAAUGCCAAUUUUAUAUUAAACAAUUUAAAGAAAA